UUUUUACCUUCUCGGCCCCAGGCGAUUUUAGCACGAUCACAACCCGCCUCCAUUGCCAGCGUUGGUCAAUUGAACUGGCUCGUUGCCUUGUCGCACCAUGGCUCUCAACUCCUACACCCUCAACGUCAACUACGAAGCGCAGUUGGAUGCCUUCAAGGAUUUUCUGAAGCACUUUAAGAGUUUUGAGUCGGCCUCGGAAUCGGCUGCGACAGAGGCCCUCGAAGAUCUUCACAUCGACGAAGAUGGCACUAGCGAUGAAUAUGACUUCAUGGACGAUGUCGACCAGGAGGGCGGUGCGCAGCGAGCCGGCCGCAGACGCCGGGAACCGAAGCUGAAAUAUAUGCAACUACUCCAGGAGGUCGCUGACCGCGAGCGGACAAAUAUUCUGGUCGAGCUGGAUGACCUCGCCACGUAUGAAAAAGGCCUUUCGGAAGACAAUGAAGACCUGCGACUGGUUGAGAACGUGCAAAAGAACACAUACCAUUAUAUCGAUCUUUUCUCCCGGGCGGUUGAUGAUCUGAUGCCGAAGGAAAGCAAGGACAUUACGUUCAAAGAUGACGUGCUUGACGUUAUCAUGUCGCAGCGCGAAAAGCGGAAUGAGGCCAUGAACAUGGCUGCGGAGGCCAAUGCUGAUGCUGAUGCUGCCCAGUCUAUCUUCCCCCCUGAGCUGACCCGCCGGUACACGAUAAACUUCAAGCCCCUCACUCCCUCAGGGUCAAGCAGCGACCGCCAGUCCAAGGCCCUUGCAGUGCGCAACGUGCGCGCGGAGCACAUCGGUGGCUUGAUCACUGUCCGGGGUAUCACAACUCGUGUCUCUGAUGUCAAGCCGGCCGUCGAAAUCAACGCCUACACUUGUGAUCGCUGUGGAUGCGAAGUCUUCCAACCGGUCACUACGAAACAGUUCCUUCCGAUGUCCGAAUGUGUGUCCCAAGAAUGCAAGACGAACAACUCCAAGGGCCAGCUGUUCCUCUCCACUCGCGCCUCGAAGUUUGUUCCUUUCCAGGAAGUGAAGAUCCAGGAAAUGGCGGAUCAGGUGCCUGUUGGACAUAUCCCACGAACCAUGACCAUCCACUGCCAUGGCAGCCUUACCCGCGAACUUAACCCCGGUGAUGUUGUCGACAUUGCAGGAAUCUUCCUCCCCACCCCUUACACAGGGUUCAGAGCCAUCCGCGCGGGCCUGUUGACUGAUACAUACAUGGAAGCUCAGCAUAUCACCCAGCACAAGAAGUCAUACAACGACACGAACAUGGACAGCCGAACCCUCCGCAAGAUCGACCAAUACCAGAAGUCCGGUAAUAUGUAUGAGUACCUGUCGCGAUCGAUCGCCCCGGAAAUCUACGGCCAUCUCGAUGUGAAGAAGGCGCUGCUUCUGCUCCUCAUUGGAGGUGUUACGAAAGAGAUGGGCGACGGCAUGCACAUUCGCGGUGACAUUAACAUCUGCCUCAUGGGUGACCCUGGUGUUGCCAAGUCCCAGCUGCUGAAGUAUAUCGCCAAGGUCGCUCCCCGCGGCGUGUACACGACCGGUCGAGGAAGCAGUGGUGUUGGUCUCACGGCUGCAGUGAUGCGGGACCCGGUAACGGAUGAGAUGGUUCUGGAGGGCGGUGCCUUGGUUCUGGCCGACAACGGCAUUUGCUGUAUCGAUGAAUUCGAUAAGAUGGAUGACACGGAUCGUACGGCAAUCCACGAAGUGAUGGAACAACAGACCAUCUCCAUUUCGAAGGCGGGAAUUACGACCACCCUCAAUGCUCGCACGUCUAUCUUGGCCGCAGCCAACCCGCUGUACGGCCGGUACAACCCCCGCGUAUCUCCAGUUGAGAACAUCAACCUCCCCGCUGCCCUGCUUUCGCGUUUCGAUGUCAUGUUCCUUAUUCUCGAUACCCCUUCGCGCGAAGCAGACGAGGAACUCGCAAGCCACGUCACCUAUGUCCAUAUGCACAACCGCCACCCCGAAACCGAGGAUGCUGGCAUUAUGUUCACGCCUCAGGAAGUGCGUCAGUACAUUGCCAAGGCGCGUACCUACCGUCCCGUUGUUCCCUCGUCGGUCUCUGACUACAUGGUGGGAGCCUACGUGAGAAUGCGGAAGCAGCAGAAGAAGGACGAGGCCGAAAAGAAGCAAUUUUCUCAUGUGACGCCCCGUACGCUGCUCGGUGUUGUCCGUCUGUCACAGGCAUUGGCGCGUCUCCGGUUCAGCGAGGAGGUCGUCAGCGAGGAUGUCGACGAGGCGCUGCGCCUGGUCGAGGUCAGCAAGGCAUCCCUGGCCACGGAUGGCCAGUCGGGUAUGGACCAGAGCCCGACCAGCAAGAUCUACUACCUGAUCCGCAGCAUGUUGGAGAGUGGCGCUGCGGCUGUGGGCGACGGAGACGAGGGCGAGCUGAGCAUGCGGAGAAUCCGGGAAAGAGUUCUUGCCAAGGGUUUCACGGAGGAUCAGCUCAACCUGGCCAUUGACGAGUACGAGAACAGCAACGUCUGGCAAGUUAUGGGCAACGGCAGCCGUCUGGUUUUCAUUGAUGGUAUGGAAAUGUGAAAGGCUAUUACUACUUAAUCUAGCACACGCUGGCAACCGUGUUCGUAUAUGGGGCUAGUAUCGUAUUUCUACUAGUUUUCUCUUUUCGCCACCUAUUUUGGCUAUUCUUCUUCAUACGUGAGAGACGUAUAUGAGGCCGUGUGAGAUUCUCAAGGAUGGGUCGGUGUUCCGGUGUCAUUGAACGCGGGGUUUUGGAACAAUCAAUCAAGGAACGUUCUUCAAUGAUAUUAUCAAUGUAAAGGAGUGUAC